UUUCUCAUCUCAACUGACCGUAUAACCGUUUUGUUUUGUUUCUUACAUCCAAACAUGUCUGAUUUCUCUAAACCAAGGGUGAACGGGAAAAUGUUGUCAAGUUUUCAGGGACGAUGUGUUUGUGUACUUGGAAACGCUAAAGAUGUUGACAGCAAUGGGACAGCUUUCACCCUGUCAACAAGUGAUGGUCAAGAUAUCAGAAUAAUUAUGCAGGAGCCUCUUGGAGAGUAUGUUUCAGGAUUAACUGAAGUCCACGGGAAUGUGGAUGCACAGAACAACAUUCAUUGUCAAAACUACAUAGCUUUCCCCAAGGAAAUAAGUGAUACAUUUGACAUGGGACUUUAUAAUGAUGCAGUGGAGUUAACAUCACGGUUCAGUGAAUUUUAUAAAGUUGGUGUGACAGAUCAAUAGAACUACAUUCAUAUCUUUAAAAGUACGGUUCUUCAAGAAAAGGAAAUGAAAAAACUUGCUGUGUAACAGUUAUUUUUUAUUGUGAAUUUGAAACAUUAUCCAUAUUGGAUAAUAAAUUCAGAAGAUGUAAUAAUGUGUAUAUUUUCAGUCUGCUGACCAUUAUCAUUCCCAAUGCUUGUUAUGUAUUCUUCAUAAAUACUACCGGGGUAUUCAUAUUGUGGAUUUGAUUUUGAUAAAUCUUGCAUAAUGCUUCUUUAUUGAUUUUUGAUGACUGAAUGAUGCUUUUUUUGCAACUUGUGCAAAAAUAAAUAUGCAAUUGU